AUGGCUGAGAAGCUGGUGCCUGGGGACCUGUUCUUGAGGAAGACUCGGGAAUCAGUGUCGUCCCUGGACUCGGACAAGCUGGCACCCAUCUCGCCUGAGGCGGGCGGUGAGGAGUCGUCAGACAGCGAGGGCGAGCAGGAGGACAGUUCCCACAAGCUCAUUCGGAAGGUUUCCACCUCGGGGCAGAUGAGGAGCAAGAAAAGUGUGAAGGAGGGGUUGUUGCUGAAGCAGACGAGCUCCUUCCAGAGGUGGAAGAGACGAUACUUCAAGCUGCGGGGCAGGACGCUCUAUUACGCUAAGGAUGCCAAGUCUCUCAUCUUUGACGAGGUGGACCUGUCGGAUGCCAGUGUGGCUGAGACCAGCACCAAGAACAUCAACAACAGUUUCACGGUGAUCACGCCAUUCCGGAAGCUCAUCCUAUGUGCGGAGAACAGGAAGGAGAUGGAGGACUGGAUCAGUGCCCUGAAAUCUGUCCAGAAGUGGGAGAUCUAUGAGGCUACGCAAUUCAACAUGGAGCACUUCUCGGGCAUGCACAACGGGUACGCCUGCUCCCACGCCCGCCCCACCUUCUGCAACGUGUGCCGUGAAGCCCUCCCGGGGGUCACCUCCCACGGCCUCUCCUGUGAAGUCUGCAAGUUCAAGGCACACAAGCGCUGCGCUGUCAGAGCCACGAACAACUGCAAGUGGACAACCCUGGCCUCCAUCGGCACUGAAAUCAUUGAGGACGAAGAUGGGGUGGCCAUGCCCCACCAGUGGCUGGAGGGGAACCUUCCCGUCAGUGCACGCUGUGCUGUCUGUGACCGGACCUGUGGCAGCGUCCGGAGGCUGCAGGACUGGCGGUGUCUCUGGUGCAAGGCCAUUGUUCACAGUGCCUGCAAGGAGCAACUUGGCAAGAGGUGCCCCCUGGGCCAGUACAAAGUGUCCAUCAUUCCACCGACUGCCUUGAACAGCAUUGAUUCAGAUGGUUUCUGGAAAGCCACCUGCCCCUCGACCUGCUCCAGCCCUCUCCUGGCCUUUGUCAAUUCCAAGAGCGGGGACAACCAGGGUGUGAAGUUUCUGCGCAAGUUCAAGCAGUUCCUCAACCCAGCCCAAGUCUUUGACCUCAUGAAUGGAGGCCCACACCUGGGGCUGCGCCUCUUCCAGAAGUUCUCUACCUUCCGGAUCCUGGUGUGUGGGGGGGAUGGCAGCGUGGGCUGGGUGCUCUCCGAGAUUGACACCUUUGGCCUCCACAAGCAGUGCCAGCUGGGUGUCCUACCCCUGGGGACUGGAAAUGACCUAGCACGGGUGCUGGGCUGGGGCAGCCUGUGUGAUGAUGACACUCAGCUGCUGCAGAUCCUGGAGAAGCUGGAAAGGGCCACCACCAAGAUGUUAGACCGGUGGAGUGUGCUGACCUAUGAGGCCCCCAAGCAGUCCCCCUCAGCCAUGAAGGAGGAGGAGAAUGGGGACUCCAACAUCCAGGCCCAGAUCUCCCAUUAUGCCGACUCUGUUGCCUUCCACUUGGCCAAGAUCCUGGAGUCAGACAAGCACUCAGUGGUGAUCUCCUCUGCAAAGUUCCUCUGUGGCACUGUCAAUGACUUUGUGGCCGAAGUUGGUCGGGCUUACAAGAGGGCAACUGAAAACAAGCAGGAGGCAGAGCUGAUGGCACGAAAGUGUGCCAUGCUGAAUGAGAAGUUGGACUCACUGGUGCGGGAACUGAAUGAGGAGGCUCAGGCCAUUGUGGUCCCUGAGGGAAUGGCAGAGGCCACUCCUGCUGAUGCCAGAGACCAGGAGAAAGGUGACAGCUUCAAUCCCAGCCCUAUGCCUCGCAUCUUCAAAUCCAAGGAGCAGCUAAUGCUGCGUGCGAACAGCCUGAAGAAAGCCCUGCGGCAAAUCAUUGAGCAGGCGGAGAAAGCUGUGGAUGAGCAGAACAAGCAGACCCAAGCCUACCAGGGCACUGCAGGCCCCAGCAAAGACAGCUCGGAGGAGCUCAACAAGGAGGAGGAGAGGCUCAGCUCCCGGCGGGAGACGGUGACCUCUGCGUCUUCCUCCAUCAUCCUGGACCGGCCAGACACCUUUGGCAGCUUGCAGUUCCCUGAAGACCCCAGUAUCCUCCACUUCUCGGAGAAAUGUGUGAUGAACAACUACUUUGGCAUUGGCCUGGAUGCGAAGAUCUCGCUGGAGUUCAACAACAAACGGGAUGAGCACCCCAAGAAGUGCAGCAGCCGCACGAAGAACAUGAUGUGGUAUGGGGUGCUGGGCACAAAGGAGCUCCUGCAGCGCACCUACAAGAACCUGGAGCAGCGGGUACAGCUGGAGUGUGAUGGGGUGCCCAUCUCGCUGCCCAGCCUGCAGGGCAUCGCCGUCCUCAACAUCCCCAGCUAUGCUGGGGGCAUCAACUUCUGGGGAGGCACCAAGGAAGACAAUAACUUUGGAGCUCCGUCCUUCGAUGACAAGAAGCUGGAGGUGGUGGCUGUUUUCGGCAGCAUCCAGAUGGCAGUAUCACGGGUCAUCAACCUCCAGCACCAUCGCAUUGCACAGUGCCGCAUGGUGAAGAUCACCAUCCGGGGGGAUGAGGGCGUCCCUGUGCAGGUGGAUGGAGAGGCCUGGAUCCAGCCACCUGGCAUCAUCAAGAUCCAGCACAAGAACCGAGCUCAGAUGCUGACUAGGGACCGGGCAUUUGAAAGCACCCUCAAGUCCUGGGAGGACAAGCAGAAGGGGGAGAGCUACCGAGCAGCUGCCCGGCCACGGCUCAGCUCCCAGCAGUCCAUGGAGUACCUGACCGAGGAGGAGAGUAGCCUCUUGCAGGAGGUCUCACGGGUAGCUGAGACCCUCAUCUCCAGGAUCCACGAGGCAGCCAAGGCUCACAAAGCUGUGGAGCAGGAGCUGGCGCAUGUGGUCAAUCCUCUCCAACAAAGCCACUGGCACCUCAGAGCUGUGGAGGUGGUGCUGAGCAUCAAGGAGCUGUAUGCUGAGACCAGGACAUUCCUGGAAGGGAAGGCGCUGGACUCGCCGCAGGAGGAGGAGGCACUUCACGGCCCUCUGAGUGUGCUGGGCCAGGAGCUGCAGCGGUUGCUGGACAUCCACUGGCUGGGGCCCAUUGCCCAGCCUGCUGAGGAGGAAGGUGCUGGCAGUGCCAACAAGGGCAGCUUCAAGCUUCGCCUCAACAUUGCCAAGCCCAGGAAGGAGAAAGACAAGUUGCAAAAGCAGAAGGCCAACAGCACGCUCCCAGCAGACAAGUGGGGCUCCGAGGAGGUGGCAGCUUGGCUGGAAGCACUCGGUUUAGGGGAGUACAAAGACAUUUUUGUCCGGCAUGACAUCCAGGGCUCAGAGUUGAUCCUGCUGGAGAGGAGAGACCUAAAGGACCUGGGGAUCACCAAAGUAGGCCAUAUGAAGAGGAUCCUCCAGGCCAUUAAGGAGCUCAGCAACCCACCGUAGACUGCCAGGGGGGCAGCAGUCUAGCCCAGGCACUGGGUGGAUGCUGCCCCCAGGGACCAGGAGGAGGGUAGAGGAACAGAUCCUUGCCCUGCCCCAUGUGUGUGGAGCCUCCCCACCCCUGCUUGCCUUGCUUUAUCUGUCUGUCCCCAGUGUUCUUGGAGCCACUGCUUCUCCCCAAGCCUGUGGGGCUGGAGACACUAAAGUGAAGGUCUAACGCCAUAGGUGAUGUGAUCUGACCCCUGGUCCAGCCUCAGCAGGGUCACUACAGGAGCUGGGGCCGC